UGUAGUUCCGUCAUCUCGCUCGUCUCCGAGGCUACGGGGGGCCAAUGUUGAUUUGGGCGAAUUCCCGUCGUUGUCGGACCCCGCCGAGGUUUAAUUUUUAAAAAGCUGGGUUCGCUGACGAAAAGUGGCAGGCUUUCGAUUGAGAAUAUUGCAUCCCCGCCCUCGGGAUCGCUGUUUUCUAGGCUGGGGGAGAGGUGGGGAGCCGGGGGGCCUCGCUCGGCGGGGGCUGUAAGGAGGGACAGGAGAAGACUGGAUCCUCCGUGUUCAGGCCAACUGUGCCGAGCUCGGCCUGACAGUCCAGCAAAGCCCCAGCGACCGAGAUACCACAACGACAGCGCCCCGGGGUUUUAAGCUCGAUAUCGGUCGCCGGUUGUUGGUGACCGCGGAGUGAGUGAGCCCGCAGCACUAUCCCGUCUUGCCGUGGCAGCGCAUCAGUAGCUGUCAGGCUAUUAAAGAUCAAGAACUCGGAGUUAGCGCUUGGUACAGCUGGAUUUAGGAAAUACCGUUCAGACCUAAACAAGCUUAGGUCGGCUUGGGAAGGCUGCAGGGCGGCCAAAAAGCCACGGAUCGCCCGUUGACAAGUUGUCAUCAUGGGCAACGCGCCCACGGCCAGGAAGGGCAACGAGAUGGAAAGUGUCAAGGAGUUCCUUGCUAAAGCCAAAGAGGACUUCCUCAAGAAGUGGGAGAAUCCUGCACAGAACACUGCUUGCCUGGAGCAGUUCGAGAGGUUGAAAACCCUGGGCACGGGCUCAUUUGGCCGUGUUAUGCUGGUGAGGCACAGAGAAACGGGACAGCAUUAUGCCAUGAAGAUCCUCAACAAGCAGAAGGUGGUGAAGCUCAAGCAGAUAGAGCACACUCUGAAUGAGAAGAGAAUUCUUCAGGCCGUCAGCUUUCCUUUUCUGGUGCGGUUAGAGUACUCGUUCAAGGACAACACUAACCUCUACAUGGUGAUGGAAUAUGUACCAGGUGGAGAGAUGUUCUCCCAUCUACGGAGAAUUGGCAGAUUUAGUGAGCCUCACGCUCGGUUCUACGCUGCUCAGAUCGUUCUGACCUUUGAAUACUUGCACGCUUUGGACCUGAUCUACAGAGACCUGAAACCUGAAAACCUGCUCAUAGACCAACAGGGCUACAUUCAGGUGACAGAUUUUGGCUUCGCUAAACGUGUAAAGGGCCGGACCUGGACACUGUGUGGCACCCCAGAAUAUCUGGCCCCAGAGAUUAUUCUCAGCAAGGGGUAUAACAAGGCAGUCGACUGGUGGGCGCUGGGCGUACUCGUCUAUGAGAUGGCAGCGGGAUACCCACCAUUCUUUGCUGACCAGCCCAUUCAGAUCUAUGAAAAGAUCGUAUCAGGGAAGGUGCGUUUCCCAUCUCACUUCAGUUCAGACCUGAAGGACCUCCUGAGGAACCUGCUACAGGUGGACCUCACAAAACGUUACGGCAACCUCAAGAACGGGGUCAACGACAUCAAGGGACACAAGUGGUUUGCAACCACUGACUGGAUUGCCAUCUACCAGAAAAAGGUGGAAGCUCCCUUCGUCCCCAAGUUCAAAGGACCAGGCGACACCAGCAACUUCGACGACUACGAGGAGGAGGAGAUUCGUGUCUCCUUCACUGAGAAAUGUGCCAAGGAGUUUGCUGAGUUCUAGAGUUAGAGAGCGACAGAGGAAGAAAGAAGGAAGUAGGGAGAGUCAAAGGUAGGCUGGUCAAGUGGGAGACGCAAGGAGAGAGUACUGUCUCCUGUCCAAUCACAAGCACCAGCUACAAAGAGAGAAAAAAAUGGGAUAGAGAAGGGAAAAAGAGCAAGGAGACUGAUAACCAGCAGUGUUGCCUUUUCUGUUGCGUUUUUGUUGUAUUUUAUUUAUUAUUCUGUCUUAUUUAUGGAUCCCUUUAUUAUGAAGGCGUGCUUCAGAUUCAUGGGUGUCGGGAACCCCACUUAUUUAGAGUUGCCUCUACACAUUUGUCACCCAAGGUUUUACCCUCCUCUUUUAUCGGUUCUUUUGUUCACUUUUGCACCACAACAUAGAGAGAUCAGUCGGUCUGUUUUAACAUACAGCAGUCUGUGAGUCAUUACAUGAAGCCCAUUGAGUCUUGUACGAGUUGAGGUCUCAGUCUGCACAAAAGUUUCUUAAAUUUAACCUGAUAACCGGCUAACUUACUCUUUCCCUUUUCGAGCGAGAGGAGCAUGUAAGUGAAAAUUUAAAUGAAUCACACACAUGUAUGCACUUUCAGCUUAAAUUAUAUUUUGCAGCUUUGUCUUAAUUUUUCUGCAAAUAUUUCAUAUUUAGCUUGACCCUCUCAUAUCAUACACAGCAUACUUUAAGUCUCUGGCAUGAUGAGCCUAAAGAAAAAAAACAAUGGAUCCUGUGCUCAAACUAAUUUCAGCCUGAGACAGAUGACACUCAAGGGGGGAAAAAAGUCAAUUAAGUUUACUGUGUAACACUAUCGAUACUUCUUAUCAUUGUUAGCGUAGUCAGGCUUUGUGCAUAUCUACAGCUCUCAGUUUUUAAAUGUUAUUAGAUGCUAGUGGCUCUAAUGAUGUCAUGUCACGCUAACAAACGAGGAAAUGAGGAUAAGGGAACAGAAAUAUCUCAGUUUUAAUGGUGUUGUUAAGGAACACCAGAACAUAAUGGUAUCUCAGGUUUGAACAUAUCACUCAAUAGACAUUUUAUCAAUGUAAAGCGCUAGAAUCAGCAGGUAGGUAUGUGAGACACUGGUUUAUGAUAUACAGUAGAUUUGGGAAUUUAAGGAUCUGGUUAUUUAAGAGGAACAUACGGGAAUAUGAAGAGUUUGGGUUAGCGUCUUCCACAGUUUUCCCCUUCCAUGAGAUUUGGUUUUGCUAACUCUGACAACACUCUUUGGUCUUAAACACACUUGCUGUCUCUGCUCAGAGCUCACUUACUAGUCAAGUUGAUUGUGCAUGUUGAAUCAACCAUUUGCCUGUUGUCAGUUUCAAAUGAAAGAGACCAUCUAAGGCAGACUGCCUCGAGCUGCCUCUGGAUGGUUGUCACCAGAGCUCUUUGACCAGUCACUGGCAGCGGUCUGGAUAGUGUGCUUUGGCUUUAUGGUCUUCUACAGAAACCCAUGUUUAUGUUCAUCUCCCCAGCACCCAGCCCUCUCCUCUUACUAAAGUUGGACCAGACUCCAUGUGACGGUCUUACAUGUUACAGCAACUCUAUUCCCAUUUCUGUGUUUGUAACAUGCUCAGCUUUUUUUGUUUUAUUCUGUUUUUCAUGCGGAGAUUAUGAUGUACAGAUGACUGAUACUCUGUAGAACAAGUUAGGAAAUGGCAGAGCACCUGGAGCUGAACCGAGCUAGUGCAGACAAGAGACAAAAAUGUUCUUAGUGCACACUAUACAACUUGCCUAUUUAAGGUACACAACACAUAGCACUUCAGGUGUUCAGUGUCUCCUUAGCUCCUGAGCUAUGACAGCAGAGUACUUAAGCAGUGCCCAAAAAUGGUGGCCAUUGUAGGAUUGUUCAUUCAGAAUUUAUGAAAUACCAUCAAGUGACACUAGUGUCUGUUUCAAACAUUAAAAUGCCUUUUUUAGAGCUGUAUUUUAAUGUGCCACCAUAAUAUUCUAAUUUGGCUCCUGCAGACGCCUCUGUUUUCCCCUCAUCACUUUAAACAUGUUCAUCAUAUUUUUGAUUCACUUGGGUCUCUCCUCUCCAAAAUAGUUCAGAUACGGGAAAAUUUUACAGGCCUUUUCUCAGUAUUACACAUUUGUUAUGUGUGGUUAUGUGUGUGUAUCAUUUGUCAUAUGGAGUGAUAUUUAAAAUGACCUAACACAAAUCAGUUUGCAGAGUGAGCUAAAUGAACGGUUCCAGAUUACUUUUAGGUUCAUGUGGCUCGAUGUCUGUGGCCAGAUUAAUCUGCUAUUGGGGCCCCGGGCCCUUAUUAAAACACCAUUCCUCCCACUAUCUGUACAUUGUGUACAGUAUUGCAAUGUUGGAAUAUUAUGUGGUCCCAGGUUUACUGUGUGGUGAUUGAUGUAAACAGAAACUCAUUUAGGAAUAUGCACCAUGUAAGCACAGUAUCAGCUGAAUUAAUGAAGGUCUUAAAGGGCCGUUCCACUGAUUUCACAUUACACUUUCAUAGAUUGCGAAAUUUGCAGCAGAGGCUGAAACAUCCUGACUUUUAGGGUAACGCUCCACAAAAUUCUGGAUCCUUCAUCUCCCACAAUGCAACCCGGUGCCAUCUUUCACCGACAUCAUUCGAACCCCAUGCUACUGUUUGUAAGGCAGGCUUUCUGUUUCAAAAAAAAAAAAAACAUUUGACAGGGACAGUUCUCAUUGAUCAU